AUGCAUCACAGUUUUUUGCAGUAUGCCAAAUGUGCAGUAUAUGAUAGCAUAAUCCUCCGCAUCACCCUGCUAAUGAGUGUUAAUAUCUUUGCUAAGCUGAUGGAUGACUCCGAUAUCAGGGGCAUGACUCUGGGAAACAGCCAUCACCAGCUUUUCCUGGACGACCGGAAAACCGCGAGAGCGCUGGAUGUGUCUGCAGGGGUCCAUGGGAUUGACGGGAACAUACUGUUGGGUAGAGACUCACAUCUGCACAAAGAGACAAUGAUCUUGCUGUUCCUCAUGGUGCUAGUCUGCCUGAUAUUCAGCGUCCUGUCCACCAUCGAGCAGUAUGCAGACUUCGCAACAGGAUCUCUCUUCUGGAUGGAGAUCGUGCUGGUGGUGUUUUUUGGGACGGAGUACGUGGUCCGGCUGUGGUCGGCCGGCUGUCGGAGCAAAUAUGUGGGUAUUAAAGGCCGUCUGAGGUUCAUCAGGAAACCCAUCUCCAUUAUAGAUCUGAUAGUGGUCGUCGCCUCUGUCGUGGUUCUGAGCGUUGGGUCUAAUGGGCAAGUGUUCGCCACGUCCGCAAUCAGAGGGAUCCGUUUCCUCCAGAUCUUGCGAAUGCUGCAUGUGGAUCGUCAGGGUGGAACGUGGAGGCUUCUGGGAUCAGUGGUUUUUAUUCAUCGGCAGGAGCUGAUCACCACGCUGUACAUCGGGUUCCUGGGUCUGAUCUUCUCGUCAUAUUUCGUGUAUCUGGCAGAGAAAGACGCAGUAGACGAGGAGGGGAAGACGGGUUUUUCUAGCUAUGCUGAUGCUCUGUGGUGGGGUGUGGUUACGGUUACUACGAUAGGCUAUGGAGACAAAGUCCCUCAGACGUGGAUUGGGAAGGCCAUCGCCUCCUGCUUUAGCGUGUUCGCGAUCUCCUUCUUUGCUCUGCCUGCGGGCAUUCUGGGAUCUGGUUUUGCUCUUAAAGUCCAGCAGAAACAGAGGCAGAAACAUUUUAAUCGGCAGAUUCCAGCCGCAGCCUCUCUAAUACAGACGCUGUGGAGAUGCUACGCCUGUGAGAAGUCCGACGGCUGUACGGCCACGUGGAAGAUGUACGUGCUGACGGGUGACUACAUCCCCAUCAUAAACUCGGAAAACUCCAGCCCGGGCAACUUCAGACGGCUGAGUAAGCGGUACAAACGGAAGCCAAAGGUCACACGUGAUAACGGUUCUCUGGGUCCCGGAGGAGAACGAGCCAUCUCCAUCCCACAAAUCACCUACGACCACAUCGAUGAUAAAGACGAAGUCUUUUCUGAGGAGUCCACUGGUAUGACAGAUUUUCUGUUUAGUCAGUUGUAUAAUGCACAGCUUCUGUUGAGAAGCCCUUUUGUGGCAAAGGAGGAAGAAUCAGUCUCUACUCAGCACCUGAAUACAACCAGACUUUCCCACGCACACAGAUCUGCCAUCAAGGUCAUCAGAAGGAUGCAGUACUUUGUGGCUCGACGGAAAUUUCAGCAAGCGAGGAAACCGUACGACGUGCGGGACGUGAUCGAGCAGUAUUCGCAGGGCCACCUGAACAUGAUGGUCCGCAUCAAAGAGCUCCAGAGAAGGUUGGAUAACACGUUGGGAAAACCGGGAAUGUUCCUGCCAGAGAAAGGUGUGGAUAAGGAACAUUAUACAGUGGGAGCCCGGCUCAUCCGACUGGAAGAUAAGGUGCUUCAGAUGGACGUGAAGUUGGAGAACGUCCUGAAGAUCCUGACGGAGCAUUUCCAGCCCAAAGCAGAGCUGCUGCAGAAACCCAGCCAGUACAGCUCUCGCGUCACCGUCAUGAAGCGGCUGGGCGUCAGCAUGGACGAGAGCCAGUGACCCGCUCGCCACCAGAACUCGCGCUAUGCAUUGUGGGAAGCGCGGUCCGAGAGGAGGAACUUGCGUUUCCUGUUCUGUCUAGGAAGUGAGCAGGCGACCUGGAUGUCUCUCAGAAUCUCCUAAACUGUCCGUCUCUAGUCAUUCGAUUGGUCACCGAGGGACUCGAGCGGUGGCGUUUCGAGUCUGUGGGACCCGUUUCGGACGGUUUUCGCAAACCCAGAACAAAGGUUGAAAUCAUAAAUCACAUUUCCAACCACAACACGAUCCAGAGCCCACAGGAACAUGAGCACGGUGAGCGUGUGCUCGGGGAAUGAACGCCGCCGCUUAUGUAUGGCUGUGGUAGGGCUUAUCAAAAUAGCAAAACACCCAUGAUAGAUUAAUGAAGUGUAAUAGCGCGCUGAGAAAGGAGGCCACUCAGAGAGCCAAGACUCCCAACAGCCGAUCUGUCAGGACUCCAGUCGUGUUUUUUCCCUCCGUUCGUUUGAGCGAAUCUCUGAUAAUUAAACGUCGAAAGGCGAGGCUAGUC